AGAAAAGCUGCUACACAUCUUUAAUAUGGCAGACAAUAACCAGGGUUUCAACGUAGUAGAUUUGGAGGAGACGUUCAACAGAGCAGCCGACCAUUUGCGGUCUCUAGUAUCUGGAUUAGACUCUGGUCAGCUUCUGGGAUUUUACGGGUUGUAUAAGCAAGCAGUCAUGGGCCCCUGUAAUGAACCCAGACCUAAUUGGUACCAAACGCAGGCAAGGCAUAAAUGGGAGGCAUGGAACAGCCUCGGAGAUACUAGCCGAGAAGUGGCUAUGGGCAGUUAUAUACGUGCCGUUCAAAAGUUGGACCCAACAUGGGAGGAAAAUUCUCACAGUGCAUCAGGCACGUGGGUUGCUGUCAGCAAGAUGCCUAACACUGAUGUAGAGCUCCGUGAUGUCGAGAAGGGCCUCCUGGAUUGGGUUAAGGAUGGGAACGAGGAAAAGGUGCACGAGGCCCUCACUGAAGACACAAAACAAAUUAGUGUUCGUGACGAGGAUGGCAUGCUGCCAGUACAUUGGGCAGCAGACCGAGGACACGUAUCGAUCUUCAGACUUCUGGUGGACAGUGGUGCGGAUAUAAAUGUCAGGGAUAACGAUGGGCAGACUCCUCUACAUUAUGCUGCCUCGUGUUCCCAUAUAGAAGUGAUAAAGUAUCUCGUCUCCAUUGGCGCUGCAAUUCUACCUGACAACGACGGCAUGACACCUCCAGACAUCGCGGAUCCUGAACUAGCAGUGAUGUUCACAGAGGACAGUUAGUGCACUUUGCCAGCCAGAUUCGCUCUUGAUAAGAUUUCUGUAAUAAACGAGACAAUAUAAAUCCUCCCGAUGGGCAUUG